AUGCUGAAGCCGGAGAAUGAAAAUAGUGGAGAGGUAGUUAUCGGAAUUGACCUCGGGAUGACCUACUCAUGCAUCACCGUCUCUCGGUACGGCAAGACGGAAAUCAUAGCAAAUGACCAAGGCAACCAAACUACCCCUUCCUUCGUCGCCUUCACUGGCGAUCCGCCACCCAUAAUCCCGAGCGUCUCAUUGAAGACACCGCCUGUCUUCAAAAUUAUUUACUAUUUCUAG